CAGAUUUAUCCCCAAGAAAAAAGGUUCGGAGCGAAAGAGAAAUGUUGAAGAUGGGUUUACAUUUAUUUUCUUUAAUAAUUAUUACAAUUUCAUCAGCCGCCAUGAUUGUGCCAUCAUCAAGCGAACAGCUAAGUUCGAAGCAAUGUGAGGAUCUGGGUUUCACGGGCUUAGCUCUUUGCUCCGAUUGCAACACUUUCUACGAGUAUGUCAAAGAUAAAGAGUUGAUGUCUGAUUGUUUGAAAUGCUGCACGGAAGACUCAGAUGAUUCUGUUAGUAAGAUUACUUAUUCAGGUGCGAUACUGGAGGUGUGCAUGAGGAAACUGGUAUUCUAUCCCGAAAUCGUCGGUUUUAUUGAAGAAGAGAAGAGCAAGUUUCCAUCUGUUAAAGUGCAGUAUGUUUUCAACUCUCCGCCCAAAUUGAUCAUGUUGGAUGAUGAGGGCCAACAUAAGGAAACUAUAAGAAUUGACAAUUGGAAACGUGAACACCUACUGCAAUUUCUGGGAAGGAAAGUUAAACCCAAUUCAGCUAGUUCAUAGUCUGAUUUGUUUGUGAUUGAAAGUAAACCCUUUUUGUUACUCAUUCAUGUAAGCCACCAUUGUUUAUGGCAAUUCAUUUUCUUUAAGAACAAGAGUAUGAAUUACGAAUAAUUUUAUUUUUUAUCCAAGGAGUAUGAAUUGCAUUUUUAUA